AAAAAAAAAAAAUAACGUAUUAAUAACAAGUUAAACAGUUAUAAAUCAUUUAUCAUCAACAAUAAACAGUUUUACACUAAAUAGCCCGUUAGUGAAUACAUGUAAUAAAUAAAGUAGAUCCGUUUCUAGUUUUCACAAGUGAAACAAUCCGAAACCGAAAUUUAUAUAUUGAAGAUAUAAAAUAAAAACAAUUAAAGAACUUCUCCUCUUAAGAUGAUGAUGAUGGAUACCAAAACCAUAGUGACAAACCUUCUCCUCUUAAUCCUGCUGCAAAUCUCCAACUUCCCCACAAUUGUCUUAUCUAUGGAGGCGAGAUAUAGGAAAGAUUAUAAAUCAGAGUAUAAAGUAAAUCCAGACACCGUCACACAUAUCGUUGUCUCCAAUGAAUUGUACGGUCUAAAGAAAGGAAACGCUGGCUUUGUAUGCUCUCAUGGUCCCAAGAAGUGGCGGCAGAGCAAGCCAGGAGACCGGUACAUUUUGCUGAAGUUCAAGCACAACGUUCACGUCACCGUGGUCUCCUACGCCGGGAGGUCACAUUUCGUCACAACGGAGCUGAAAAUACGAAAUGGAAUGCAAGGCUUGAAACGUCCAGAGAUCGUUUACCACUGUCAAGCUAUUAAUAGUGGCCUCGAUUAUGGAUGGCGACGAGCCCUAAGGCCACCAUUCGGCCAUUCCUUCCAUGUACUCUUGGAAGGCGGCCAAAAACUGGAGGAGGAGAUUCACCGCUGCCAUUUCCGGUCAGUGCUUGGUACAGUAGAUGUCGAUAUCCGUAUGACCGCGAUUGAUGCUGAGAUUUGUAAUUUUAGAAAGGCAUGUGCGGUUCAUGAGGUUACACCGGAAGGGAUAAUGUUUGAUGGUAAAGAAUGGAAUUUUGAGGAGCGGUAUCCAAGGCUGAUACCAAAGAAAUACCUCGAAGCUAAGUGGAAGCCUUGGCCACGACGCACCAGUCGUAGCAGUGGGGGCCAGGCCAGCGGACGUCGAUCCUCAGGAGACGUGGGUUUCACGCUAAUGAUGAAGAACGAAAUGUUUGGCUUGAAACGUCCAUCGGUUCUCUACCGGUGCAAGGCUUAUGACAAAUCCCUUCGGUGGCACGUAUCGAUUCCCACGGCAGAAUUUACAUGGGAUUUCGAAGUCCCACCAUUUGGAACAGGCGUGGUCAUCCACCGUUGUGAAUUCAAGUCAAGCCAAGGGACAGCGGACGUCGAAAUUAAGACAUUGUCGAUGACAUCUACGUUGUGCGGAGGGCAUUUGUGUAAAUAUGUCAUUAGGCCGAAUGGUGUAUACUUCGUUGGUUUUGAGACCUAUUAUCCGCACAAUAUUUUCUUAAGAUUUCUUGAGUUCGUGAGGCCUGUUGACAAGCUUGUCGAGCCAUGGAAGGCGUGGUCUCCACGACAGCUAAAGGCUUUGCGGGAACGCACUAACAACCGCACCAGGUUACACGAAGACAACAACCGCACCAGGUUACACGGUGACAAAGAUGCUGAUGAGGACGAGAAAGACGAUGAUUAG